UACACACACACACUCCGGCUCAGCGAUCACUGAGGGCUCCUCACCGCAGCAGAGAGGGGUGAUGACGGACGGAGAGUCGAAAUGAAAGGAGAAGAGGGCAGGAUGAACGCGUGCCUGAAUAACAGCUCCUCAGUGGGUGGGUGUUACGAGGACUCCUUUAAGCGUACAGCGUACAGCGCCACCUACCUGAUGCUGUUCCCCUUCGCCCUGAUUUGUAACGGGGGGGCUCUGGCUGCCUUCAUCCUGCAGAGGAGCCGCAGAAGCUCCGCCUCCUGCGUCGUCAUGACGAACCUCGCCCUAUCAGACUUCAGCUUCUCGCUCACUCUGCCGCUGCGGCUCCAUUACUACUUCAGUGAGCACGUGUGGAAGUUCUCUGAUUGGCUGUGCAGACUGUGCGUGUACUGCUUCUACGUCAACCUGUACACCAGCAUCCUCUUCCUGACUCUACUGAGCGUGCUCCGGUGGCUCGCGGUGACACGCCCCCUGCGCCAUCGCACUCUGGCCACACCCGCCAAAGCCAUAUUGGUGUGUCUGGGAGUCUGGCUGCUAGUGGGCGGGGCCUCCGCACCCUUCCUGGUCAACGGGAGGGUCUGCAGGGCGGGGGUCUUGCGCUGCUUCGAUCCUCCCACUGGGCCGUCCUCGAUUAUGCUCCUGAUCAUGAACUGGGUGGCGGUGUUGAUCGGCUUCCUGCUGCCCUUCCUCACCAUCAUCCUGAGCUACAGCCGGGUCGUCCGCCGCCUCACGACGCGCUCCAGCCUCCACGGCACCGACGGUCCGUCCGCCCGACUUCGCCGAUGCAACCGCCGGCGGUCCAUACACCUGGUCGCUAUGGUGAUGGCGACCUUCGUGGUAUGCUUCCUGCCGUAUCACGUGAUGCGUUCGGUGCAUCUUCACGCCACGUUUGCCAAAUGGGGUUGCGACGUCACAGCGCCGCUGCAGAAGGUGGUGGCCGUGACGCUGUGCAUGGCGGCGUCCAACAGCGCCAUCAACCCGCUGCUGUAUUACUACUCCACCCGCAGGUUCAGGGACAACCUGAGGGACGCCCACGCCUCGCUGUCCAGCCGCCGGGGGUCCAUCGUGCCCGCCAUACCUCUGAACCGCCGGAGAAACAUCCCACAAUGUCCCCCUAAACCAUGAUGGUGCUGUAGGUGGUAGGAGGCACCUGAUUGGACGAAAGCAUGGUGGAAUAUGUGGAAACUUUAUUUUAUCUUAUUACAAAGACCCAAUCCAAUGUCCCCCUGCACCCUGAUGAACCAUGCCCAACCAUGACACUUAAUGGCUGUGCUACGAGGCACCUGGUUGGACGAAGGCUUUUCCCUGUGGGCAUUCUACUUCCUGUUGAGGUGCUGGGUCAACAUGGUGGCGCUUCGUUGAGGAGGCUCAUUCUGAAACUUUUGGUUCAUAAAAUAAGAGAGAAAAGGUUUUUAAUCAUUGGGGGAAAAAAGUCAUCAACAAUUACAAAUAAUUGUAAUAUUUAUAAAAAUUGUUAAAAUUUGAGAAAAAAAGUUGUGAUAUUUUUAUUAAAAUAAGUUUAUUUUGGAGGAAAAUCAUAAAUUAUUUUGAGACACAUUUUCUUUGUGUCAUAGUUCACUCAGGAGAGACUUAUUUUUAUUAUUGCUUGCGCUGAGCUUCAUUUGAAUCCUCACCAAAAUGAGAGAGAUUUGCAUAAAAUCAACUUUAACUUGAUGUACAUUUAGCUUAUUAGUUGUAUUUAUUUAUUUAAAGGUGCCGAACUUAAAGCAGUAAGAUUAUAAUGGUUAUUGUGUGUGUCUGUUACAAACCACACAAACAUUGGACACUUAAUGGAUGUGCUACGAGGCACCUGAUUGGAAGAAAGCUUUUCAACCAAAACCAACUUUUGGAAAUUAUUUGAGAAAAAUAGGGAUUAAAUACAGAAAGAAAAUUUGGAAUAAUUCAAUAGAUAAAUAUUUUUGGGGAGGAAAAUGGUAUUAUUUUUGUGCGUGGGUGUAUUUGUGUGUGUGUGUGUGUGUGUGUGUGUGUGUGUGUGUGUGUGUGUGUGUGUGUGUGUGUGUGUGUGUGUGUGUUUUAUUUCAAAUGUUUCCUGAGGAAUAUUUGUUUAUGUUUCUGUUUCCAUGGCACUAAAUGUUUUUGAUUCACAUAGACAGGAAGCACUGCUCUAGCGCUGAAUCUGUUUUCUUGAGUAUUUUCACAGAAAUGGUUAAGGUCUUUUUUUGGGAUCCCACGAGAUGUUUCUCUGGAAGAACAAUUCUAAUCACAGUUUUCCAUUUUCCCCAGAGGAAAUGAACACACAGCACACAGGAAAUCAACAGCCAAAUAUAAAAGAUAUGAGUUACACAAACAAAUCCAGAAAAACAUUUGGAUGAAUAAAUUAUAAAUAUAUCAAUAAAUGUAUCAAAAUAUAAACACAGAAUAAAUAUUUGUAAUAAUACUAUUUUUCAUUUGUAUUCCCAAUAAAAAAUAUUUAAAUAAA